UACAUGUACUUUUGACACUUAAGUAUAUUUAAAAUCAAAUACUUUUGUCUAUGCAAACAAAACACAGAGGCGAGGCCAGCGGUGUUUAAAGGCCUCGUUAGUCAGAUGAGAGUCAGUCAGGCAGGUUACUGAGUCGGAGUUCAGUACCUUUCCUCAUCUCCACCCCGCCGACCAUCCUGCUAGAGUCAUGUCGUCCGUCUCCGUCCCGCCACCAAAAUGUCUCCUGAAACCGUUCGUGGCUUCGCAGCGACAUCUGUUUGGACCAGGACCGUCCAAUGUUCCUCCUCGGAUCUUAGCGGCCGGGGGGCCGAGCCAAAUCAUCGGUCACAUGCAUCCAGAAAUGUUCAAGAUAAUGAGUGACAUCAAGAGCGGGAUCCAGUACGCCUUCCAGACCCAGAACAACAUGGAGUGUGCCAUUUUCAACGCCGUCGAGCCAGGGGAGGGGGUUCUCACUGCAGUCAAUGGGAUCUGGGGAGAACGGGCAGCGGAGAUGGCAGAGAGGAUGGGGUACUUGAUUAGCACGGGUUGUGUCCCAAAUGUCACCCUAUUAUUUAGUGCACUACUUAUAACCAGGACCCAGUGGACAGGGGACAGUGGACUGAGAUCUGUCAUGUCACCGUUUUGCCCCCAGGCCCCGGCCAAACACAAGCCUGUACGGUUCUUCCUAACCCAUGGAGAAUCCUCCACAGGAGUAGUUAAUCCACUAGAUGGCAGUGGAGACAUAUGUCACGAGCACAACUGUCUGUUUCUCGUUGACUGUGUGGCUUCAAUGGGAGGUGCACCACUUUACAUGGACAAACAAGGUAUCGACAUCCUGUACACUGGCUCACAGAAGGUCCUGAAUGCCCCACCUGGGACCACCUCCAUCUCCUUCAGUGAAAGAGCAUGCCAGAAAGUUUUCAACGGGAAAACAAAGCCAUAUUUAUUUCUGGACAUGACCUGACUGCCAAACUACUGGGGGUGUGAGGACAAGCCCGCUGGGAUCUUGAUGAUCCAUGGCAGAACGACAGGUUGCCUAGAUACAGUAAACAUGAGUCUUGAUGAUCCAUGGCAGAACGACAGGUUACCCACAGUGACUACUAUAGUCCCUCCUCUUGGAUAUGACUGGAAGGAGAUCACCAGCUACAUCAUGAAGAACCACAGCCUAGACAUCUCUGGAGGGCUGGGACCAUCCGUUGGCCAGGUGAGGUAGGGGGCUGGGACCAUCCGUUGGCCAGGUGAGGUAGGGGGCUGGGACCAUCUGUUGGCCAGGUGAGGUAGGGGGCUGGGACCAUCCGUUGGCCAGGUGAGUUAGGGGGCUGGGACCAUCCGUUGGCCAGGUGAGUUAGGGGGCUGGGACCAUCCGUUGGCCAGGUGAGGUAGGGGGCUGGGACCAUCCGUUGGCCAGGUGAGGUAGGGGGCUGGGACCAUCCGUUGGCCAGGUGAGGUAGGGGGCUGGGACCAUCUGUUGGCCAGGUGAGGUAGGGGGCUGGGACCAUCUGUUGGCCAGGUGAGUUAGGGGACUGGGACCAUCCGUUGGCCAGGUGAGUUAGGGGGCUGGGACCCACUGUUGGCCAGGUGAGGCCGUCUUAGCCAGGACACAAUGGAUUGCUGCUCCAGUUAGUUAGACUACCACAAAUGUGCUGAAGGAGGAGUAUGGCCUCAAAGAUCUGGUUCUUAUUCGCUGUGUGUGCCACUCUCUG